UGAUUUAUCUGAUUCAAAUUAUCGUCAAAUAUCAGAUGCAACGAUGGAACACUUAUUGGAAUUCCUUGAAAACUUAAAUGAUCAAUUAGAUAUUGAUGGUUUCGAUGUUGAAUAUUCGAGUGGUGUUCUAACUCUUAAAUGUGGAUCAAAAGGUACUUAUGUAAUUAACAAACAACCUCCCAAUAAACAAAUCUGGUUGUCCUCUCCGAUAAGGUUAUUCGAAUAUAUUAGUGGUCCAAAACGAUACGACUACGAUCUUGUGCACAAAAAAUGGUUUUAUCAUCGAGACAACACGACAUUAGAUGAAUUAUUAAAUAAUGAAUUAUCAACAAUAUUCAGUACUAAAAUAGAUGUAUCACAAACAAUAAGUUGA